CAAUGUAAGGAUAGCAUCAUCUUCCCCAACACCAAUGUUGCUUCCUUUCUGCAACUUCCAUCCCAUAAACCCUUCUAAAACCCUCUUAAACCCCUCACCAUCACAUUCCCUCUUCUCUACUACACCCUCUUUUUCCCUAAAACCCUUCUUUCCUCGUAAUACCCUUCCUGUUUUCGCCACAUCCCCUGAUACUGAAACUUUACCGGAAUCCGCCAUCCGAAGAAUCGCCGACAAGCUACGCAGUCUUGGAUUUGUUGAAGAACCCAAGAAUCAUGAAACCCAAGAAAAUGCUUCGAGUUCUAAUCCCACUGCUAACUCACCCGGUCAAAUUUUUGUUCCUUUGCCUACGCAACUACCCAAGUACCGUGUGGGUCACACACUUGACACUAGUUGGAGUACGCCUGAAAACCCAGUACCGCAGCCUGGUUUAGGGAACUCUAUACAGAAGUUUCAUGAAUUGAGGGAUGAGUUCUUGAAAGAGAAGGAGAAAGAGAGGUUAAAGAAUAAGGAGUAUAAGAAAGAGAGAGCACCAAGUUUGGCGGAGCUUACUUUACCAGCUGAGGAAUUGAGGAGGCUGAGGACAGUUGGGAUUGCGCUCAGGAAAAAGUUGAAGAUUGGAAAAGCUGGGAUUACCGAGGGGAUUGUGAAUGGUAUUCAUGAAAGAUGGAGACGUAUGGAGCUCGUUAAAAUUACGUGUGAGGACAUAUGUAGGUUGAAUAUGAAGAGGACUCAUGAGUUGUUAGAGAAGAAAACUGGAGGUCUUGUUAUCUGGAGAUCUGGAAGUAAUAUAAUUUUGUAUCGAGGAGCUGAUUACAAGUAUCCUUAUUUCUCUGAAAUUAGCUUCGAGAAUAACAGUGCACAAGAUGCUACCCCGGACUUGUUCAUGGGUACGGAAGAGCAUAUGACUAACUCAUCUGGCACAGAUGCGGUAAAACCUGAUGCAUCGGACAGAAAAUCUCCUCCACGUGUAAUCCAGGGUGUAGGUUCUCCAGACAGAGUCCGAUUUGAAUUGCCUGGAGAGGCAGAACAUACUGAAGAAGCAGACAAGUUGCUGGAAGGACUUGGUCCUCGCUUUACCGAUUGGUGGGGUUGUGAGCCACUGCCUAUCGAUGCAGAUCUUUUGCCAGCUAUAGUCCCUGGGUACAAGAGACCUUUCCGUCUACUUCCUUAUGGAGUAAAACCUAAAUUGACAAAUGAUGAAAUGACAACACUGAGGAGACUUGGUCGACCUUUGCCUUGCCAUUUUGUAUUAGGGAGAAACAGAAAACUCCAAGGAUUGGCUGCUACAAUUGUGAAGCUUUGGGAGAAAUGUGAAAUUGCAAAAGUUGCCGUCAAAAGAGGAGUUCAGAACACUAACAGUGAACUGAUGGCGGAAGAGCUUAAAUGGCUGACUGGAGGAACCUUGCUCUCGAGGGAUAGGGAAUUUAUUGUCUUCUACCGAGGGAAGGACUUCUUGCCCUCUGCGGUCUCUUCAGCAAUAGAAGAACGGAGAAAGCAAGUUUUUGAAGAGGAAAAACGGAAUGGUUUUAAUUCAUCAGUAGCAAAUGCUAAGGAAAGGAAACAAUCCACUACGGGAAGUGUUUCUGAUGAUGGACAUGCACGCAGAAUUAACCAGAAAGGUGUCCAAGAAAAAAAGAAACUUACUUCCAUGGAAGCUGCUAUCGAGAGAACUGCAGAUAAAUUAACCACUGCAUUGGAAAAGAAAGCCGAGGCAGAGAACCUCCUUCUGGAGCUUGAGGAGGAUGAGGUGCCACAACAAUCUGAUAUGGAUAAAGAGGGAAUAACUGAAGAAGAAAGAUUCAUGUUGAGGAAGAUUGGCUUGAGAAUGAAGCCUUUCUUACUUCUUGGUAGGCGGGGAGUCUUUGAUGGAACAGUCGAGAACAUGCACCUUCAUUGGAAGUAUAGGGAAUUGGUAAAGGUAAUAACCGGGCGGAAAACCAUUGAAGAGGUCCACCAAAUAGCUAGGAUGUUAGAGGCAGAGAGUGGGGGAAUACUAGUUGCUGUUGAGCUAGUUAAUAAGGGUCAUGCAAUCAUUGUGUACCGAGGGAAGAACUAUGAAAGGCCUGCUUCGUUGAGGCCUCAGACUCUUCUAAGUAAAAGAGAAGCAAUGAAGCGCUCUAUAGAGGCUCAGCGACGUCAGUCGUUGAAAUUACAUGUCUUAAAGCUUACACAAAAUAUAGAGGUUUUGCAGUCACGGUUGGCCAAAAAUGAGGAUAUGGUUCAUAUUCAGUCUCCGGAUAUAGUUGAUAGGCAGGUACCAGUGACGGGAAUAUCUGAUGCUGCAGGCGGAACUAAUUACCAGUCUAGUUUAGCAAGUCCUACUGAGUGUGUAUUGAUAGAGAGAAGCUUAUUUAGCUUUUAUAUUCAGGAUUCUGGGGAUGCUGCAGAAGACACUGACCCCAGUUCUCAGAAAGAAUUAUCAAGUGAUUCCUCAGACACCGACCACAAUUCUCAGCAAGAAUUUCCAAUUGAUCCUUUUUUCCAAUAUGAGGGCAAGGUUGAGGCUGUGGGUGAUACAAUUCAACCUCAGCAUCAAUCUAUUUCAUCAAUCAAAUCGAAAAGUAUGUUCAAUGUGAACGUGGAUCAAAAAACAUUUGGCAGUGCAGUGAGUGAAUCUGUUUCCAAGUCUUCCAGGGGAGAAGUUAAGAUCCACUUUUCUGAGACCAGAAGUUUCAACAAACCUCGGGAAGUUGACAAUAAAAAGGAGGUGUCUCAACUUCCUUCUGUAAAACCUCAACAAGCACUUAGAUCCACCCGGAGUAGGUCCGAAGGGAUGCCUACCAGAAAAGUACAGCUUUCCAACAGGGAGAGGUUGCUUCUCAGAAAACAAGCCCUCAAGAUGAAGAAGCAACCAGUGCUUGCUGUUGGGAGGAGCAAUAUUGUUACUGGAGUUGCAAAAAAUAUUAAAGAACACUUUAAGAAGUAUCCUCUUGCGAUUGUGAAUGUCAAAGGAAGGGCAAAAGGGACUUCAGUUAGGGAGGUGGUUUUUAAGCUGGAGCAAGCUACAGGUGCUGUUCUUGUUUCUCAAGAGCCAAGCAAAGUCAUAUUGUAUAGAGGUUGGGGACCAGGUGGAGAGCGUGGUGCUUCUAAUGGAAAUGACACCAGAAAUUCGAGAAACAGCAGAGAGCAAAAGGAACUGAUGUCAAUAUCUCCUGAGCUUAUAUCAGCAAUCAGACUUGAAUGUGGCUUGCAGUCCAACCAUGAUAUGGAGGUUGCUUCAUAGGCAACAACCUGGUAAAAGGGAAGUUGCCAACUGGUUUUGUCAGGGUCAAAGCCUUGAGCUCUCAUCUAACAAUGCAUUUGUGCCCCCAAUGAUGGUCUCUGAAUUGUCUGUGCAUGCAUCUAACAAUUGCUUUCUUGGUGUGGAGUUGGAAUCUAAAUUGUGCAUCACCUCUCCAAUACAAAUGAAAGGGAAUCUGCUGCCACCGAGCUUCUCUCCUUGCAGAAUUUCAGUAACUGGAGUAAGUUCCACAUGAUAAUUCCUGUCUCAUGGUCAUUGUGCAUCAACUGGAGAGAUUCUGGGAUGAAACCUGUAACUGUAUGUCAGUUAAGUGGCGCUGCUAAUUUAAUUGUUUUCGAACAAGCUCCAUCUUUUUUUGGUUUCAGAUAGGCGCUAUCAGUUCUCAAUUAUCCCUAGUUGCUGACCUACAUUUUAUGUAAAUAGAAGUUUCAAUAGAAC